CGACAUAAAGAAGUUCAUCUUAUUACCAGUGGCUCUUAAAUGUGAAAAAAAAAAUUAACAGCAUUUCUGAGUCAUGGAACUUCAAAGAAAGCAGAGAAGAUGGGUGAGAGAUGCAGAACACUUCCUUAACGUUCUAACUUCAAAUUUCAAGAUUUGCAAAAGAAACAAGCUUGUGACGUUCUGAAGACUGAAAUUUUGAGAACUUGUAAAAUAGGCGGAGGAAUAAGAUACCAUCUGAGAACUGGAAGCUGCAUAAAGCCUACCGUCAUUGAUUCCAGGUUCCUGCUCACAGGCUACAUGGUCUGAAAAACUGGAAGCCAAGGGAUUAGCCCACAGUUGGCCCAGAUAACCUGUUUGAAAUGUGGUGGUUUCAGCAAGGCCUCAGUUUCCUGCCAUCAGCACUUGUAAUAUGGACAUUUGCUACCUUUAUAUUCUCAUACAUCACUGCAAUAACACUCCACCAUGUUGAUCCUGCAUUGCCUUAUAUCAGUGAUACUGGUACAGUACCUCCAGAAAGAUGCCUCUUUGGAGUAAUGCUAAAUAUUGCUGCAGUUUUAGGUAUUGCUACCAUGUAUGUUCGUUACAAACAAGUUCAUGCACUGAAUCCUGAAGAGAACCUUAUCAUCAAAUUCAACAAAGCUGGCCUUGUACUUGGGAUACUGAGUUGUUUAGGACUCUGUCUUGUGGCAAAUUUCCAGAAAUCAACACUAUUUGUUGCACAUGUAUGUGGAGCUGUGCUUGCCUUUAGUAUGGGUUCAUUAUACAUGUUUGUUCAAACCAUCCUUUCCUACCAAAUGCAACCUAAAAUUCACAGCAAACAAGUCUUCUGGAUCAGACUACUGUUGGUUAUCUGGUGUGGAGUAAGUGCACUAAGCAUGCUGACUUGCUCAUCAAUUUUGUACAGUAGUGAUUUUGGUGCUGAUAUAGUACAGAAACUACACUGGAACCCUGAGGACAAAGGUUAUGUGCUUCACAUGGUCACUACUGCAGCAGAAUGGUCUAUGUCGUUUUCUUUCUUUGGAUUUUUCCUGACGUACAUUCGUGACUUCCAGAAAAUUACUUUACGGGUGGAAGCCAAUUUACAUGGAUUAACCCUCUAUGACACUGCUCCUUGUCCUGUUACCAAUGAAAGAACACCACUGCUUUCCAGAGACUUUUAAUGAAGGGAUAAAAUACUUCUGUGAUAAUUACGAUUCUCAGGGAUUUGAGAAAGAUGCAGAAAAGUUGCUUAUUAUACUCUGAAAAAUUUGAAUCAGUUAAUCAAGGCUGACAGUGACAUUAAUGAACGAUAAUAAUCAAGAGACGUGUAAUAAGCCAUUUGAUCAGUUUUCUUAAAGGAUGUCAUUAAGAUUAUCUAAAAAUAUUUAUGCCUAGACUUUUUUUAAUCUCAGAAAAUAAAACCAAAGGAUAAUACCA